AUGGGAACCCGUCUUAGAAAAUUCAACGAAGAAGGCCAUACAUUCGAAAUAAAGCGAUGUGUUCUCUGGUCCGACUCAAGCACUGUGCUGGCCUGGAUACGGUCCGAUCAUCGGAGAUACACCCAGUUCGUAGCCUGCAGAGUAGGGGAAAUCCUUUCAAACACCAACAUCGCAGAGUGGCGAUGGGUCCCAUCAAAACAGAACGUCGCCGACCUCGCCACCAAAUGGGGACAAGGCCCGCCUUUGACUGCAGAAAACGCUUGGUUUCGUGGUCCGGAUUUCCUUCAAGAAGGCGAGGACGAAUGGCCACAACCGAGGAAGCCGACUAGCACCGAGGAGGAGUUGAAGACGUCUCGCCAAGUAUCCUGUCUCCAUUCUGGGUUUGUAGCUCCAGUAGCGAUCGUCGACACCAGUAGAUUCAGCAAGUGGGAGCGAAUGCUGCGAACUGUGGCAUAUGUACAUCGUUACGUAAAUCGUCGACUUAAGAUGUAUCCCGUCGAAGCAGAAAGCAGUUACCUGAGCCAGGAGGAGUUGUUAGCAGCUGAAACCACAAUGUUCUGGAUAGCGCAGCAACAAUCGUACCCGGUGGAGGCAUCUAUCCUUCGACGAAAUCUUCACCAGAACUCGAACGGUCAGGAUCGUCUCCCAAAGCAUAGCGAACUACACCACAUAUCACCAUACUUCGACGAAAACUUUGUCCUCAGAGUGGAUAGCCGAGUUGGAGCAGCAAAAAACGUCGCUAUGACAGUGAGGUAUCCUGUCAUUCUUCCUCCGACCCACAGAAUUACUGAGCUGAUCAUCGACUUCUAUCAUCGAAAGUUCCUGCAUGCCAACUUUGAAACUGUGGUGAACGAACUUCGCCAGUCCUUCCACAUUUCGAAGAUUAGAGCAACGGUCAAGAAAAUAAUCCGCCAGUGUCAACAUUGCAAGGUAUACAGGUGCAAACCACAGGUACCUAGGAUGGGUCCUCUGCCCGCAGCACGGCUAGCAUCGUUCGAACGUCCAUUCAGCUACGUCGGUUUAGACCUGUUUGGUCGAAUCCUGGUCAAGAGAGGCAGAAGUUCGGUUAAACGCUGGGUGGCUCUAUUUACCUGCUUAACCAUAAGAGCAGUUCACGUCGAAGUAGUCCACAGCCUCACAACAGAAUCCUGCAUUAUGAGCAUUCGGCGCUUUAUUGUUCGACGAGGGGCACCACUGGAAAUCCAUUCGGAUAACGGAACCAACUUCCGUGGAGCCGGCAACAUUCUCGAACAACAAAUCGGCCAGUUUCAGGACGACUUAGCAGCAACCUUCACCAACACUCACACCAAGUGGGUCUUCAUACCUCCAGGAACGCCUCACAUGGGUGGGAGCUGGGAGCGUAUGGUACGCUCAGUGAAAACGGCCAUGGAAAAAAGCUUGUGCGCGGGACGGAAGCUCGACGACGAAGGCCUCAAUACAUUUGUGGUAGAAGCUGAAGGAGUCGUCAACUCCCGACCUCUGACAUAUUUACCAUUGGAUAGCGAGGAAGCUGAAUCCCUGAAGCCCAACCACUUUUUGCUAGGCAGUUCGAACGGCGUAAAGCAACCGAGCAAGCAGUUUGUGGAUGGAGCUGUAGCCCUGAAGAGCAUCUGGAACCAGAUAGAGUGCCAGCUGGACAUGUUUUGGCGUCGUUGGGUCCGGGAAUAUCUACCCACUUUGACUCGUCGCACGAAGUGGUUCAACGAAGUUCAGGAGAUCGGCGUGUGGAACUUGGUUGUAAUUGUGAACGAAGCUAAGAGAAAUGGGUGGGUGCGAGGUAGGGUUCUGGAAGUAUUCCCCGGGGUAGACGGGAGAGUUCGCCAUGCAGUAGUGCAAACAAAUAGAGGGUUGUCAAGGCAAUCGGUCAGUAGACUGGCAGUGUUGGAUGUUGAGCUUAUGGGUGACACGGAUCCAAAGGCAGUCACCGGCCAGCGUCACGAGGGGGAGGAUGUUGACAUCGGCAACACUGCAAGCGUCGCUUUCGACGCGCCGCUGUGA